AUGGAGGGACACAGCUCACCACCCGCUGCCGACGUGCCGGCACAAGCUGGAGAGGGUCCUGCUCCAGUUCAAGCCGACAUUCGUUCUCAUGCCGUUCAUCAUGACCAAGGAGCCGUCCCGGAACGAGAGUCAUCACCAGGUCGCCGUAUAACCCCACGCCCGACCUUUCUAGACAACCUUGCCAAUACUCGAGAUUCCCAGUUUAUGCUUGACAGACGGAACUCCAGCGAACUGGAUCGGUAUUUCCAUGGCCCCCGUGACUUGGACAAGCAUUCGAAAUGGCCCACCUUUCUCCGAAUGCAUGGCAGUGUGCUGCCCAAGAUGAUCCUUCCGUUAUGUUUUGUUGCGGCAUGGGCUACUCUGAUUACACUCAUCUCGAAAUUUGUACAUCCUCUGGGGAUCAACAACAUUCUGCUCACAGUUACGGGUUUCGUCGUUGGUUUGGCACUAUCUUUCCGGAGUUCCACGGCCUACGAAAGAUGGGCCGACGGACGCAAAUACUGGUCACUGCUGAUCCAGACCUCGCGCAAUCUUGCUCGCACUAUCUGGGUCAACACUAGCGAGCGAGAGGGAGAGUUAGGAAAGGAGGACCUUCUGCAAAAGCUAACCGCAAUGAACCUCAUCCUGGCCUUCGCUGUUGCGCUUAAACACAAGCUCCGUUUCGAGCCGGAUAUCGCCUAUGAAGAUCUUGCGGGCCUGGCCGGCUACCUUGACACCUUCGCCAAAGAUGCACAUGACCGCCAGCGCCUUCAGCCUCAGCGGAAGUCACUCUGGAAGUCGACAGGUGAAUACCUGGGCGUGUCCUUUGCCGAGUCGAAUCCCAGGAAGCUCAUCAAGCGAUCCACGAAGCCACUGGGCCAUCUUCCUUUGGAGAUUCUCAACCAUUUGUCGGCUUAUAUCGACAGAUGUAUCACAAACGAGACUCUCACCAUCAGCUUGCAUCAAGCACAAGCCAUCAACGGCCUGGCUGCCUUGAAUGAAGUCGUCACGGGAACUGAGCGCGUGCUCGACACCCCUCUCCCGACAGCAUACAGCAUCGCCAUCGCCCAAAUCGCCUGGCUCUACGUCAUGUCUCUACCCUUCCAACUCUACAACUCCCUCACAUGGGUGACAAUCCCAGGAUCAAUCAUCGCCGCAUACAUCAUCCUCGGUCUCGCCACUAUCGGCAGCGAAAUCGAGAACCCCUUCGGUCAGGACGUCAACGAUCUUCCUCUGGACACCUACUGCCGACAGAUUGCUUUGGAACUGGAUAUCAUCACUGCUGCCCCACCGCCUCGUGUCGAGGAUUUCACCUCCCGCGACGAGAACUUGGUGCUGUAUCCGCUCAGCAUGGACGGCUAUAAUGAGUGGAAGGACCGGAGCGUCGAGGAGAUCAGAGCUGCGCUUAGAACGAAGGCGAUCGCCAACACCCCUUCGUCUGCAUUGGGGUCGGAUGAGUCGACUGUUGUUGGAAGCAUGGACAGUAAACAAUCAGUUUAG